AUGGCAGAGGCGCAAGCCCCCAACGGCGUGUCACCGUACAAGGUUGACUGGCCAUUCAACCUCUGGCUGGUUGCCAUCCUUCUCUUUGCAUAUGGCUGCCUUGUCGUCAGCCGUAAGCUGCUGCUCCUCACAGUGCUCCUCGCCAGUGCUGUCAUUCUUCUCUUUGACCGCACCUCGAGCUGGAACGAGAUGCUCAUGCUGCUCACCAAGCUCCCGCUAUGCCUCGGCUCCGUGACUUACUUUCUUUGCGCCCCACCCUCAUUUCGCGCGCGCCACUUCCGCGCCUUUACCAUCUGCGUUAACCUCGCCAUGUACCUGCACGUCGGACUGGGGAUGCUCGUGCCCGCCGAGGGCACCUUUCGCGGGUGGUGCAGCAAGACGGCGGCGUUUUGGCUGUGGGCGUCGCUGGUGCAGCAGGGGCGGUACCGCGGCUGGACGACGCUCGCGCCGCACGACCGCGUGCUCGUCUACACGGCCGCCAGCCGCGUCUGGAUCCUCGCGCACGCCGUUUACCGCUACAUUCUGCGCACAAUGCCGGCCACGUACGGCGCGGGCCACCGCUACCGGCUGCUCGACGUGCUGUCGCUCGGCAUGGCUCUACUGCUGUCGCGCGCGGCCGGCCUGCCCUUUGCGCACUGCUUCGUCAUGGCUGACGUGCUGGUGGUGCCGGCGGCGGCGGGCUGGUCUGCUAUUGCAGACAUGUUUGAUCUGCUGCCGCCGGUAGGGGAGAGCAUUGGCUUUGACGUUGAGAGGGACUUGUUCCUGGCGGGCCUGCAGCUCUCAGUGGCGCUGGUGGCAGCCGCUGGCAUUUUUGACGCGUGGGUAGAAAAGUCGGUCGAGGAUGAGAAGCGCGAAAAGGCCAAGAAUCCGCAGCCUUCACAGCAGUUGCGCAAAGCACCUGUUGCGAAGAGCUACGAAGUAUAUGAAGUUUAA